ACAAAAUGAGAGAGCACCACCAGUAGACGCCAUGAAUACAAACAGAGACGACGGCAAGAAUCCGAUAAAAAUGUCAAAGAAGGGUAAAUCAUGCAAAGGCACCCUUUACUAUUCCUCCGCCCUCCAAUCCAAAGCCAAGAAUCCUCGCUGCAUCGGCAUCCCCCGCACCCUUCCUCAAGUGCCUAACUCAAUAGUUGAAGAAUCGAAGGCCGAUGCUUCUAAAGAUGAGCGACAUCUUAAAGAUUUUUAUUAUGCCUGUGCCGGGUACUCGGUCUACUUGGAUCAAAUUGGAAAAGAGUCUUCCGGUGAUAAGCGAACGGCAAAAGAAUUGCCUGUUUGUGUUGGCCUGGAGUUUUUGGUUGGCAAAAAAGCUCAUACUAGUGCACCUGCGGUCGCUCCUACUGCGGCUCAUGCUCUCAACAAAGACGAUGCUCGCGAAGUCCGUCAACCUCAGAGACCUAAACCCAUUCAAUCUGCAGGGAGUGAUUUCUUGACCAGGUUUUCAAGAAAUGCAGAUCUUGUCGCAUCAGGGGUUUGGAAGAACAUGGGUAAAGUUGGGAACUACAUGAAAGAAAGUGUUUCUGAUAUUUUGUACCCCUACAGAGGGCGACCAAAGUAAGAUGUCUUCCCGAAAUAUCAGAUGAAUGAGUAUAAAGUACUCAAGAAGCAGGCGUCGACUUUGUUCCUAUCUAUGCUUGGUCAAGAUUUUAAUUGGAGCAAUAGGAAUGUUAGUGUAGCUGCUAGACUGGAGGGACUUUAUUUAUUGCAACUGUUUGAAAAAUAAUUGAGGACGAUUGUUAUUCGUCUGGCUGUGGAGAGGAUGGGUAACAAGAGGGGUCUCUGAUGUAUUAUUAUCCAAAUUUUGUUCUAUUUGCUGCUAUUGUUAUUGAAGAAAAAAUAUGUUGCCAGAAAAACGAAGUGUGUGAUCGGAAAUUAAAUGGUUAUAAUAACUAUCCUUGUCACA